GUGCAGAUGAUGCGGCUAAAUUUAGUCGGCGUGCGAGUGGGGCGCGCCGGGAGCGCCGGGCGCCGCCAGAGCCGCCUUGGUCGCCGCGGACUCCACAUUCCACUGCGUCGCUCCGCUGCCGGCCCUAGAGACCGCUUAUACACCUGUGCGACAUCAAAUAACCUACCACCAUGUCUGACGAGGAAGAAUACUCUGGCUCCGAGGAGGAGGAAGUAGAAGAAGUGGAAGAAGUCCAAGAGACACCCGCUGCUAAACCAGAGAGUAGACCAUCGAUCGCGGGUGAGGGAGAUCCAGAAUUCAUCAAGCGUCAAGACCAGAAGCGGUCCGACUUGGACGACCAGCUCAAGGACUACAUCAACGAAUGGCGCAAACAGAGGGCUAAGGAGGAAGAUGAGCUCAAACGCCUCAAGGAGAAGCAGGCCAAGCGCAAGGUCCACCGCGCUGAAGAGGAGAAGCGCGUCGCCCAGCAGAAGAAGGAGGAAGAAGAGAGGAGAGUGCGCGAGAUUGAGGAGAAGAAACAGCGUGACAUCGAGGAGAAGAGGCUGCGGCUCGAGGAGGCCGAGAAGAAGCGCCUCGCCAUGGUGCAGGCCAUGAAGGAGUCCAACAAGCAGGGGCCCAACUUCACCAUCCAGAAGAAGAACGAGAACUUUGGUAUGUCAAACGCACAACUUGAGCGCAACAAGACCAAGGAACAACUGGAGGAGGAGAAGAAGAUCUCGCUGUCCAUCCGCAUCAAGCCCCUGAACAUCGACCACCUGUCCACCGAGAAGCUGAGGGUCAAGGCCCAGGAGCUGUGGGACUGCAUCGUCAAGCUCGAAACUGAGAAGUACGACCUUGAGGAGAGGCAAAAGCGACAGGACUACGACUUAAAAGAGCUCAAAGAAAGACAAAAGCAGCAGCUCAGGCACAAGGCCCUCAAGAAGGGUCUGGACCCUGAAGCCCUCACAGGCAAGCACCCGCCCAAAAUCCAAGUCGCCUCCAAAUACGAGCGGCGCGUAGACACACGGUCCUAUGACGACAAGAAGAAACUGUUUGAAGGUGGUUACGAUAAUACAAUGGCGGAAAUGAUGGAUAGGAUCUGGAACGAUCGGAUGGAACAGUUCAUGAACCGCACAAGAACGAAACUGCCGAAGUGGUUCGGUGAGCGGCCGGGCAAGAAGCAGGGCGACCCCGAGUCCCCUGAAGGCGAGGAGGACGUCAAGGCCGAGGUGGAAGAGGAAGAAGAACCCGCCGCGGAGGCUGAAGAGGAGGAGGAGGAGCCCGCGGAGGAGGAAGAGGAGGAGGAAGAGGAAGAGGAGGAGGAAGAAGAGGAGGAAGAGGAAGAAGAAGAGGAGGAAUAAAUCACACCUCGCGAACACCGUCGAGUUUUGUACGCAAGCCAUUAACUUAUAUUACUUUAUAAAUUAUUUUUAUUAUUUAUACUGUUGCAACUAUCGUUACCGAGAAUUUUUACACUUCACGUCUUGAACAACUUAUGACGACAAUAAACUAAUUUAUUUCAUAAGUGG